AUGAUGUGCGAGGUGAUGCCAACCAUCAGCGAGGCCGAAGGCCCCCCGGGAGGCGGAGGGAGCCAGGGCUCGGGCUCCCCGACUCAGCCCGAUGCGGACUCCCACUUUGAGCAGUUGAUGGUGUCCAUGCUGAGCGAGAGAGACCGCCUCCUGGACACGCUGAGGGAGACCCAGGAGACGCUGGCCCUCACCCAGGGCAAGCUCCAGGAGGUUGGCCACGAGCGGGACUCCUUGCAGAGGCAGCUCAACACGGCACUCCCGCAGGAGUUUGCGGCGCUCACGAAGGAGCUGAACAUCUGCCGGGAGCAGCUUCUCGAGCGGGAGGAGGAAAUCGCCGAGCUCAAGGCAGAAAGAAACAACACCAGGCUGCUGCUGGAGCACCUGGAGUGCCUGGUGUCCCGGCACGAGCGGUCUCUGCGGAUGACGGUGGUGAAGAGGCAAACCCAAUCGCCAGCAGGCGUGUCCAGCGAGGUCGAGGUCCUCAAAGCCCUCAAGUCCUUGUUUGAGCACCACAAGGCCCUGGACGAGAAGGUGAGAGAGAGGCUGCGCGUGGCCCUGGAGAGAUGCAGUCUGCUAGAAGAAGAAUUAGGCACCACCCACAAAGAGCUCAUGAUCCUCAAAGAACAGAACAGUCAGAAGAAAGCCCUGGCUGACGGGGUGCCGGACGUGAACCACGAGCAGGAGAACACGCCCAGCACCAACGGGAAGAGGUCGUCGGACGGCUCCCUGAGCCACGAGGAGGACCUGGCGAAGGCGGUGGAGCUGCAGGAGGUCAUCGACAAGCAGGCCCGCGAGCAGGGCCAGAUGAAGGAGCGGCUGGCCGUCCUGUGCAGCCACGUGGCCGAGCUGGAGGAGGACCUGGACACAGCCCGCAAGGACCUCAUCAAGUCUGAAGACGUGAACACCAAGCUGCAGAGGGAGGUCCGAGAGGCCGUGGCCCAGAAGGAGGACAUGGAGGAGAGGAUCACCACCCUUGAGAAGCGCUACCUCGCGGCCCAGCGUGAAGCCACGUCCGUGCACGACCUCAACGACAGGCUGGAGAAUGAGAUGGCCAACAAGGACGCGCUCCACCGGCAGACAGAGGAUAAGAACCGGCAGUUGCAGGAGCGCUUGGAGCUGGCAGAGCAGAAGCUGCAGCAGACGCUGCGCAGAGCAGAGACGCUGCCCGAGGUGGAGGCGGAGCUGGCCCAGAGGGUGGCCGCAUUGUCCAAGUCCGUCCUCUUAUCUCCUGAGAGCUCUGCUGCCCAGGAAGCCCGGCUGGCGAGACUUAGCUCCCGGGUCAGGAAGGCUGAGGAGAGGCACGGCAACGUGGAGGAGCGCCUGCGCCAGAUGGAGCUGCAGCUGGAGGAGAAGAACCAGGAGCUGCAGCGGGCACGGCAGAGAGAGAAGAUGAACGAGGAACACAACAAGCGCCUCUCGGACACUGUGGACAAGCUGCUCUCCGAGUCCAACGAGAGGUUGCAGCUGCACCUGAAGGAGCGCAUGGCGGCUCUGGAGGACAAGAACUCGUUGCUGCAGGAAGUGGAAGGCGCCAAGAAGCAGCUCGAAGAAACGCAGCACGACAAGGAGCAGCUCAUGCUGAGCGUGGAAGCCCUGCGGGCAGAGUUGGACCAGAUGAAGCUGCGAGGGCCGUCCCUUCACCAUGGCCGGCCGCACCUGGGCAGCGUCCCAGACUUCAGGUUCCCAGCGGCCGAUGCCCACAUGGAGGCCUACAGCACUGGCCCAGUGCUGCGCCGCCCCCAGAAAGGUCGCUUGGCUGCUCUGCGAGACGAGCCAUCCAAGGUACAGACUCUGAAUGAGCAGGACUGGGAGCGCGCGCAGCAAGCCAGCGUCCUGGCGAACGUGGCACAGGCAUUUGAGAGCGACGUGGACUUGUCUGACGGGGAGGAUGACAGGGACACGCUCUUCAGCUCGGUGGACCUGCUGUCGCCCAGCGGACAGGCUGACGCCCAGACCCUGGCCAUGAUGCUGCAGGAGCAGCUGGACGCCAUCAACAAGGAGAUCCGGCUGAUCCAGGAAGAGAAGGAGAACGCUGAGCAGCGGGCCGAGGAGAUCGAGAGCAGGGUGGGCAGCGGCAGCCUCAGUGACCUUGGCCACUUCCGGCCCCUGGGCUCCGUUCCCCCACACCCCUCCUCGGCACUGGCUGGCUCCUCCCCUCCAGGCAGUGGCCGCUCCACCCCAAGACGCAUCCCCCAGAGUCCAUCCCGGGAGGUGGACCAGCUGGGCAUCAUGACGCUGCCCAGCGACUUAAGGAAGCACCGUAGAAAGUUGCUGGCUUCCCGAGAGGAGGUACGAGACGACAAGACCACGGUCAGAUGCGAGACGUCCCCACCCUCGUCCCCGCGCUCCCUCCGGCUGCACAGGGGGGCCUUGCACGCGGCCAGCCACGAGGACAUCAGGGAUAUCCGCAACUCCACAGGCUCCCAGGACGGCCCCGUGAGCAACCCCAGCAGCAGCAGCAGCAGCCAGGACUCGCUGCACAAAGCCCCCAAGAGGAAGGGUAUCAAAUCCUCCAUCGGCCGCCUCUUUGGCAAGAAGGAGAAGGGCCGGCCUGGCCCAGCUGGCAAGGAAGCCCUGGGGCAAGCCAGCGGGGCUGAGACGGAGACCGCUUCUCCAGACGCCUUGGGCAUUAGCAAAUUGGGGGGACAGGCGGAAAAGAAUCGUAAACUUCAAAAAAAGCACGAGCUGCUGGAGGAGGCUCGGAGGCAGGGCUUGCCGUUCGCACAGUGGGACGGGCCGACCGUCGUCGUGUGGCUAGAGCUCUGGGUGGGGAUGCCGGCCUGGUACGUGGCGGCAUGCCGUGCGAACGUGAAGAGCGGAGCCAUCAUGUCGGCGCUGUCAGACACGGAGAUCCAGCGGGAGAUCGGCAUCAGCAACCCCCUGCAUCGACUCAAACUGCGCCUGGCCAUCCAGGAGAUCAUGUCCCUGACCAGCCCGUCGGCCCCUGCCACAUCCCGCACGACCACAGGGAAUGUCUGGUUAACACACGAGGAGAUGGAGACACUCUCGGCCACGCCCCACACGGAGGAUGAGGAGGGAAGCUGGGCUCAGACGCUGGCGUAUGGCGACAUGAACCACGAGUGGAUCGGCAACGAGUGGCUGCCGAGCCUGGGGCUCCCGCAGUUCCGCAGCUACUUCAUGGAGUGCCUUGUGGACGCCCGCAUGCUGGACCACCUCACCAAGAAGGACCUGCGAGGCCAGCUCAAGAUGGUGGACAGCUUCCACAGAAACAGUUUCCAGUGCGGGAUCAUGUGUCUGCGGAGGCUGAACUACGACCGGAAGGAGCUGGAGAGGAAGCGGGAAGAGAGCCAGAAUGAAAUCAAAGAUGUACUGGUGUGGAGCAACGAGCGGGUGGUGCGCUGGGUGCUGUCCAUCGGCCUGAAGGAAUACGCCAAUAACCUGCUGGAGAGCGGCGUGCACGGUGCCCUGCUGGCCCUGGACGAGACCUUCGACUUCAGCACGCUGGCCCUGCUGCUGCAGAUCCCCACGCAGAACACACAGGCGCGGGCCGUCCUCGAGAGGGAGUUCAACAGCCUCCUGGUCAUGGGCACCGACAGAAGGCUAGACGAGGACGAGGACAGGAGCUUGAGGAGAGCGCCUUCCUGGAGGAAGAAGUUCAGACCCAAAGACAGCCGUGGCCUCGCGGCCGGCUCCGCCGAGACGCUGCCCGCAAACUUCAGAGUCACGUCGUCCGUGUCCUCACCCUCCAUGCAGCCAAAGAAGAUGCAGAUGGACGGCGACGUGUCGGGGACACAGAGGCUGGACUCGGCCACCGUGCGGACCUACUCCUGCUAAUGCCCGCCCUCGUCUACCCACACUACUUCUACCGAUGACACGCGGCGUCCUCGAGCCCGCCGACCCGAGCAGGACCCCACGGCCCCUCGAAUCUGUUGAUACGUGUUAUAUGGACCGAAGAUAUUUUAUUACAGAGUUUUUAAUUAGUGAGAAAUUCAAGAAUACCAUAGAGAAACUAUUUUAGAAUUUAAUGUUUCUUAUAUUUAUGUAACUUACGAGUCUUCAUUUAUACGGUGACUGACUUUUCCGUGGACUUCCACUCUGCAUUACCUUUCCCAUCGUCCUGUCCUUGUACUCAAUCCUCGUCUGCAAAGGAAUGUACUGUGAUGCCUGUCUAAACAUCCUGCAGACGGGUAGGGCUUUUGUAUUGUGAUCGUCCCUGUUUGAAAUUUUAAUAAUAAGCUGAGCCCACGGAGAGGAUUCUGCUGCGUCUCUCUGGACCCUGACACCGCCUUCGGGGUCGCCCUCCGGCAGGCCAGCUAGCGCCCCACAAUCACUUUCACAGCCUCCUGCAGCCGUACCUUGCAGACUGACCUUCCCCAGGCCUUUAUGAGCCAACGAGCGGAACUCGUUCUCCGUCUGCAUUCCCGUGUGGGUGGCCUGCCCGCCUGCACCCAGGAAGACUGGCACCUGCUCCAAGCACUUCACUGGCACACCGUCGCCGACCGGCAGGGCCUGGGUGGGUCGCGGCGGUGGCUGUGCAGCCUCCUGUGCCUUCCCCCAGCUCUGCCGCGGAGGCGGGCGCCCCUGCUCACAGAGGACCAACCCCGCCCCCGCCGCGAGCGCCCUCACCACGCCUUACCUCGCCAGCGUGCACCGACUGCAGUCCAGGCUCCGCGCCCCAUUCCGGUCCCUACACCCCAGUGGCAGCACCCCACUGGGGCAGCGCGGUGCACGGGCGCGUGCCU